GGUUCAACAGUAAGCAUGAAAGACUGGUCAUCAUGCUCUCAGCAGUCAUGUGGGCCCGAGGGUGCCUAUUUCGAUACCACACUUAGCUCUCUGUGAGGAUGUGCAGGAGUCAAACAGCCCCAAAGGGCCUGCUGGCUGAUCGGGUCGCUGUGGUCACAGGAUCCAAUGAAGGCAUUGGCUUUGCUGUCUUCCGGUGCCUGGCCCAGGACGCCCAUGUGGUCAUCAGCAGCUGGGAGCAGCAGAAUGUCGACUGUGUCGUGGCCAUGCUGAAGGGGGAGGGGCUGAGUGUGAUGGGCACUGUGUGCCAUGUGGGGAAGGCCGAGGACCGGGAGCAGCUGGUGGCCAAAGCCCUGAAGUAUGAUGGAGGUGUGGACUUCCUGAUUGCCGCUGGGGUCAGCCCUCUGGUGGGGAGCACUCUGGGGACCGUUGAGCAGGCGUGGGACAAGAUCCUGGACAUGAAUGUGAAGGCCCUGGCCCUGCUGCUGAGCCAGCUCCUGCCCCACAUGGAGAACAGGGGGGCUGGUGCUGUCACCCUGGUAUCUUCUGUUGCAGCUUAUAUGCCACUUGCGGAACUGGGUGCCUACAACAUCAGCAAGACAGCCCUGCUGGGCCUCACCAGGACCCUGGCAUUGGAGCUGGCCCCCAAGGAUGUACGGGUGAACUGCCUGGUUCCAGGAUUAAUCAAGACUGUCUCCAGCAAAACAUUACACAAGAACAAGGCUUUCUGGAACCUCCUCAAGGAGAACCAUCAGCUGAAGAGGAUGGGGCAGCCUGAGGACUAUGCAAGACUUAUGUCCUUUCCAUGCUCCCCAGAUGCCAGCUACAUCACUGGUGAGAGCAUCAUGGUGGCUGGCUUCUCACCUCGGCUCUGAGGUGACUGGAGGAUGGCUAAGCAGCUGUGGAUCUGGGCUGCAGAGCCUGAGGUGGGUGAUAGAGGACCUUGUUAGGGCCUGAGGAUAAGGACUGCAGCUACUCCAGCCUACUAGUUUGUAGGCUUGAUCCUACUUGGCUCAAGGAAGAAAACCCUUCAGUGUUCUUCUCAGAACUCUUCUGAAGGAUCAUUGUAGAUUUGGCUGAUCCAGCCAAUGUGUGAGAUUCUUGGUGUGGGGCUGUGGAGCCGAAGGAUGUGCUCCUGAGGAACCUUCAGGAAAAGAAGUAGAGACUCAGGUCCCUGAAGGAUCCCAGCUCCUUCUCUCUGUAAUUUGUCCUUUAAUCAUGUCUUUCUUAAAAUAAACUCAAAUUCAUGCCCACCUCUGGAUACUCUUGGUAAAGCUGGAGGGUCCCCUGUCUCCUGUGGCAGACCCAGCAUGGUAGGGAGUGGUUGUUGCUUCCCAUCAGACUUUGCACCCUGUUCUCUGAGCUGGGUCUUGCAGAGGCUGAGCAGAGCUGUGGGGAGUGGCAGGAGGUAGAGGGAUUCCGGAUUCUUUCUAAGGGAGGCUAGUGGAUGUUAAUGUUUCCUGCACCACAGAAGCAUUUGAGAAACUGAAUAAAAAAACAUAGCCA